GUUUUUAGAAAUCUUCAAACGGCGUACUACAUAAUGUCCAUCAAGGUCCUUAUUUUUGUUGCUCUCCUUGUCAUCGCCUUCCAGUUUGCCAGCGUCACCGAGGCUCGAAACGCUCCACCGAUGACCCGUAUUCAGGAAGUCUUCCGCAGUCUCAUGGCACCAGAAGAAAUUCGUGGGAAAAAGUACUACCAGCAGUACGUCCCAAAUGCUGAAAACCAAUACUUCACCGAAUGGUAGUUAAAUCGAGCGUUUUUCUUUUUGCACCAAACCACCAAUCAUCAACCAAAUCAUUCACAUUUUCUCACUUUAAUUAUUACCAUCUCCUUCACCCUUCCAAAGAGUCAUGACAAUGAUAUUAAUACCAAUAAUAAUAUUAAUACAAAUAAUAAUAAUAAUAAUAAUAAUAUUUUCUCCUCCAAGUUUAGCGAACUCAUUUUAAGUUGCCACUAAAAGUCGCAUUACAAAUAAAUGACAAGAGAGCAUGUGUUAAUAAAAAAUGUUAAUUGCACGUUGUUCGAUUCUCAGUCAACCGAAUAGAAAUAAUAAAGUAUG